AUGCAUAGAUGGUAAUGCAUUAUUCAAUUAAGAGAUAAGGAAGAUGAAUAAAAACCUACAAAAUCAUAGACUUCUUCUAAAUAAAUCAAAGAAGAAUUCAAAAAUGAUUUGCAAACAACGCAAAGCUAGAAUGUUAAAGAAUCAACAACUUAUUAUAAAGAUGAUCUUGAUCAUUUAGAUCGAAUAUCAAAAAAUAAAAGUUUAGAUGGAAACACUAAUGAAUGCUGGGUAAAGGAUUGUUAGAAGUUUAAAUACGAUCUAAUUAACACUAUAAAAGGUAAAUAUGUUUGUGUUCUAUUAUUCAAAAAUAUUUAGUUUUAUUAUAAUAAAAUAAUUAGAAAAAUUAAAGUUUAAUAAUACCAAGAUGCAAAUGUAUAUGAAAUAGAGGGAUUUAUUUAUUUAACUAAAGAUGAUAGCAAUUUCAAUCCAAAGUAUAAAUUAUAACAAGGGAUUUUCUUAAAAGUUUUGGGAUACAGAAAAUUUAAUUAAAUGAAUAAGGUGAAGAAUAUUAAAGAAAGUCAACAUUAACAAGGCACAUUGGUUAGUUUAAAAAUGGAGAAUAUAUAUCUGAAUUAAAGAAUACAAUUAACAAUAAUAAUUAUGAUUAGUAGACACAAAGAAAUAACUAAAAAGUUAUUAUUACAGAUUCGACAACAGGAAUAUAGUAUAGAAGUUAUAAUAAUAAGUUUAAGUAUAAAAUUUUUGGUGUAAGUAUAAUUAAUUAAUAUCAAAUAAUGAUGUGAAUAUAUUAAAAAAUAAAAGAUGGAUAACAAGUAUUAUUAUUCAUAGUUAUGUUCUUAAGCUUAAUUUAGGCAGUGAAAAUUAAUAUUUUGAUCUUAAAUUUUAAGAGAAAUAGAAGUAUAAACGUAUAUUAUUUUUACCAACUAGUUUUACUACUAACUUUUUAAGUAGGCUUUGAUAAAAAGAAGGCAAUUAAUUUACUAAAAUAAGAAUUACAUGAAUAUACAUAAAUGGAUUUAGAAAUAACAAGAAUUUAUAGGAAAAUUGGAUUUCCAAUCAAACAAAAAUAAUUGUUAUUGGUAUUUUCUAUUCUUUGA